GGGAUGGGCUCCUGCUUUAGGAUUGCUUCUGAGCUGCUGGUUGUAGCUGGAAGGCCGCUGCCCCAAACGGUGCAGGGAUUUGAAGAGCUAUGGUGAGCAGCCGCUGAGCACUGCCAAGGAUGGGAGUGGUGAGCAGCAAAAGGCAGGUCAAGGAGAAGGGGAAGGGCGGAUGGAGCCCUGUGAAAGCCAGCACCCAGAGCAGAGAGGCCCCACCACUGCCGCCCCUGGUCGUGUUUAACCACCUGCCUCCCCCACCUCCUGACACCACGCACCCGGACCAAGAGGAGCACUUCGUGGUGGCCCUGUAUGACUACAAAGCCAUGAAUGACCGGGACCUGCAGAUGCUGAAGGGGGAGAAGCUGCAGGUCCUGAAAGAAGCUGGAGACUGGUGGUUGGCCAAGUCUCUCAUCACAGGAAGAGAAGGCUACGUGCCAAACAACUUUGUGGCCCGAGUAGAGACCCUGGAAGUGGAAAAGUGGUUCUUUAGAUCAAUUUGCCGGAGAGAUGCAGAAAGGCAGCUUCUGGCUCCGAUCAAUAAGGCCGGCUCCUUUCUUAUUAGAGAGAGCGAAACCAGCAAAGGUGCCUUUUCUCUGUCUGUGAAGGAUGUGACCACCCAGGGGGAGGUGAUCAAACACUAUAAGAUCCGCUCCCUGGAUGAAGGCGGCUAUUACAUCUCCCCCCGAAACACCUUCCCCACUCUGCAGGCUUUGGUGCAGCACUAUUCUAAGAAAGGGGAUGGUUUAUGCCAGAGGCUGACCCAACCCUGUGUGAGCCUGGCUCCCCAGAACCCCUGGGCCCAGGAUGAAUGGGAAAUCCCCCGGCAGUCUCUCAAGCUGGUCAGAAAACUCGGGUCUGGGCAGUUUGGCGAAGUCUGGAUGGGUUAUUACAAAAACAACAUCAAGGUGGCCAUCAAGACCUUGAAGGAAGGAACCAUGUCUCCGGAGGCCUUCCUGGGUGAGGCCAACCUGAUGAAAACUCUCCAGCACGAGAGACUGGUCCGCCUCUAUGCCGUGGUCACCAAGGAACCCAUCUACAUCGUGACCGAGUACAUGGCCAGAGGCUGCUUGCUGGAUUUCCUGAAGACGGAUGAAGGUAGCCGGUUGUCCCUCCCGAGACUGAUCGACAUGUCAGCCCAGAUUGCAGAAGGAAUGGCGUAUAUCGAGCAGAUGAAUUCAAUCCACCGGGACCUGAGGGCAGCCAACAUCCUGGUGUCUGAGACCUUGUGCUGCAAGAUUGGUGACUUUGGCUUGGCCCGGAUCAUCGAUAAUGAAUACACUGCCCCAGAGGGCGCCAAGUUCCCCAUCAAGUGGACCGCCCCAGAGGCCAUCCAUUUUGGGGUGUUCACCAUCAAAGCUGACGUGUGGUCGUUUGGAAUCCUCCUGAUGGAAAUUGUCACUUAUGGGCGUGUGCCCUACCCAGGGAUGAGCAACCCCGAGGUCAUCCGCAACCUGGAGCGCGGCUACCGCAUGCCCCGCCCGGACUCGUGCCCGCCCGAGCUGUACAGCGGCGUCAUCGCAGAGUGCUGGCGCAGCCGGCCCGAGGAGCGGCCCACCUUCGAGUUCCUGCAGUCAGUGCUCGAGGACUUCCACACGGCCACCGAGGGCCAGUACGAGCAGCAGCCUUAGGCCCCGUGUGCAGCUGACGAGGACUUUUCACCCUGCAGCUUCCUCAGCCCCAGAUAGGCUGGAAAGACGGGGAGGGGUCCGUGCGCCCAUUUCUCAGAGGAGGAAACUAGAGGUGGAGCGGGCUGGGAGGUGGGUCAUGGCUUGGACUCCGGAGCAGGAUCCAAUCGCAGCGCCACCCUUCUCCGGCUGUGUGCCCCUGGGGAAGUUACUUAGCCUCUCUGUGCCUCCACCUUCUCAUUGGCACAACGGGGAAGAACCACAGGAGUUACCUACCUCUUACGUUCCCCAUGAGGAUGACCCCGCUAAGGUGUUCAGAAUAGUGUCCAGCACACUCCUGUUUGGCAUCAUGUCAUAUAAGACUCCAUGUGCUGGCACCGAAAGCAAGGAGUCGGCCGCAGGUGACCUGAGCCUCGGGGCGCCCACCUGACCCAGACUGCGCUCCAGCACUUUGGGACUUUUCUGUAAUAAAGUCACGAGA